CCGGGCAGAAAAAGACUAAUAUGACUAACGGAGCCUGGAUGCGUGGUACCUUUAUUUGGAUCUACAGGAAUGUAGGCUCUAGCAGUUCUGCAGCUCUACCAGCCUCUUGCCUGACACUGGAACUGCUGCUCACAAAGUAGAAUCCUGCUGCUCCUUGGUAGGAAGGAUAGAGAAAGAACAUGGCCUGCAUUUUGAAGAGAAAGUCCAUUGUUGCUGUAAGUUUCAUUGCAGCAUUCCUCUGUCUGAUCAUUGUUCGUCUCACAAAUGAAGUAACUUUCCCUUUGAUCCUUAACUGCUUUGGACAAACCAGAGUCAAGUGGAUCCCAUUUUCUAAUGGCCAAAGGCAGCCUCUGAAAACUCAUUAUGGAUAUAUAAAUGUGAAAACACAGGAGCCUCUACAGCUUGACUGUGACCUCUGUGCUGUUGUUUCAAACUCGGGACAGAUGGCUGGCCAGAGGGUGGGCACUGAGAUAGACAAGUCCUCCUGCAUAUGGAGGAUGAACAAUGCUCCCACAAAGGGCUAUGAGGAAGAUGUUGGGAAGAGGACAACUGUAAGAGUGGUCUCUCACACAAGUGUGCCUCUCCUGCUCAAGAACCCCGAGUACUUUUUCAAAGAAACCAACAACACCGUUUACGUGGUCUGGGGUCCUUUUCGAAACAUGAGGAGGGAUGGCAAUGGCAUUGUGUACAACAUGCUGAAGAAAACGGUUGACAGCUUCCCAGCUGCCAAAAUCUACGUGACAACGGAGAAGCGCAUGAGCUACUGCGAUGCCGUGUUUAAGAAGGAGACAGGGAAGGACCGGUAA